AUGAGCGGAAGACGCAGAUCACCGCCGCCACCACCGCGUCCCUACCGCGAUGAUCUCGGUCGAAGCGAUCGCAGAGAUGACCGAGCUGGAGGUUCAUCCUCACAAGGCUACAGGAGCCGACGCAGUCCCAGCCCGGGGUAUUCGAGGUCCUCGUCCUCACGCUACGAGUCGGAUCGUCGGGACUACAGGCGGUCUGACAGGGACGACUGGCGAGAUGGUCGGAAUGACAAGGAAAGAGAUCACUACAGGUCGAGUGACAGGGAUAGAGACGAUCGAUAUCGCGAGCGCCAACCGCCUCCUCCGCCUCGUUCUCGGCCGGCUGCGUAUGAUCGGGAUGCACCAUCCGGCUCGAGGGGAAAAUACGAUGGCGACGAUGCAAGAAGACGCAGUCGAAGUCGAUCACCGCCGGCUCCAGUCCCAACUGCGUCCUCGCGGCAGACACAGAAGCCGUCAGCACCGGCACCAGCCUCCGCAUCCACAUCAGUGCCCACAGGCGACGAUUCCGCAGAGGAGGGCGAAGAAGCAGAGGACGACGCAGAAGAUGCAAUGGCCGCAAUGAUGGGCUUCGGUGGAUUCGGCACGACCAAGGGCAAGAAGGUGGCGGGCAACGAUGCAGGCGCUGCAGAGGUCAAGAAGGAACGUACCUGGAGACAGUACAUGAACCGGAAGGGCGGCUUCAACCGACCGCUUGACAAGAUCAAGUGA